ACACACCAAGGGGGCGGCGCCGAGACUGGGAGCCAGAGAAUGAGUUGGGAAGCAGAGUAUUCCUGGGACCUGCUGCUCGUUGGGUCCCUCCGGAGGAGGAAAGAUAUUGACGGAGUGGGGAAGCAAUCAGACUUUGGCCCUUUUUUAUUAAGAAUGGGAGAGGUGAAAUUGAUCAAUUAUGAUUAACAUGCGCUGGAAUGACUGAGCGCCCGCCCCUCCCUCCCUCUUCACAGCUUUUAUAUCAAUCAAGGUGCAACUAACUUGCUGCUAAAAGAUCUCACCCCAAGGGAAGACGUUUACCGCUUGUAGCCAGAAGUGUUGAAUCAUGCAAACAUGGCUCAAAGCAAAACGAGUGGGAUUCUGCCUGAGCGAUAAGAAAAGGAGGAAGCUGAAUUUUCUGGUCUUCGCUGAUCUCUGUCGCUACGUUCGUGCUUGGGUGUCCCUGGAGAAGGAGUGUACAGUGUCCACCAGUACGCUAGAGGCCUUUUGUGACUGAUGGCCACCACAGGGGCUGGACUGCAUAAUCAGCCCCAAAAUGGACAAGAGGAAUCGAAGUCAUUCAGAUCGAUCUUACCAAAUCGAUCGAAGAUCAGGGACCCUUUGAUAUGAUCAUUCACAAACUUUCAGAUUUGAUGCUGGAGGCAGAUCAGAAGGACGCACAGUCGCAGCAGCUCAUCCAGAAAUUUCAGGAUUAUGUUGAAGCACACCCUCAGACUAUCAUUUUGGAUCCCUUGCCUGCGAUGCGAAGACUUUCUGAUCGUUUUCAAUCCUACAAACUUAUUCAGGAGUUGCAGGCCUUGGACCAAGAUAAUCAGUUCUGCAAUCCUCCAUAUCUGGAACUGGCGACAGGAAACCAGAGCGAGAUCCUGCACCUGAUUAAAGAACAAAAAUUGACCUUUCCACUCAUUUGUAAAACCAGGGUUGCACAGGGGUCAAGCUCCCAUGAUAUGGCUCUUAUCUUCAGUGAAGAUGGCCUGAGGGAUGUGAGUCUUCCCUGUGUGCUGCAAAGCUUCAUCAACCACAACGCUGUCCUUUAUAAAGCCUUUGUUGUUGGCCAGUCAUAUUUUGUUGUAAAGAGGCCAUCUUUGAAAAACUUUGCUGUUGGCCAGUCAGACAGGAAAACGAUAUUCUUUAACAGUCACGAGGUUUCAAAGCCAGAAUCCUGCUCACAUUUAACAGCGAGGGACGAGGGGGUCAGCCUUCCGAGUGGACCUUCAGACAGAAUCAUCAAGCUCAUCAGUCGAGGCCUUCAGGCGUCUCUGGGAAUGUCGCUGUUUGGGGUGGACGUGAUUGUUGACAAUAAAACUGGCAAGCUCGCAGUGAUUGACGUCAAUGCCUUUCCAGGAUAUGAAGGCGUUCCGGAAUUCUUCAGCGCCCUCUUAAACCACAUUGAGACGCUCCUGCGCGAGCGGGAGAAAAAUCCGGACGGAAGGAGCUGGGUGGCCAAGCCACCAGGACCUCACUUCUGGCGCCCGGGCACACAGGAGGCCUGUGCACCCUCCUCCGCCUCCAACCACGGCAACAGCCUAGCAAGAGAAGCCUGGACAGCGGAGGAGCCUCCAGUGGGGAAACGGAUAUCGGACUCUGAUUGCUUCCGGGAUUUUGCCGUCCCAUCCCCCACCCUGUACCAGUCCAACUGUGAAUAAACCCCCGCCUGCGAUAAGAAAACCCAAAUGGAGGAAAGGAAACUCAAACCGGAACUUUCAAGAAAUUAAGAGAUUAGUUAUUCAAAGAGAUUUUAUUAUAUUUAAUCUAGAAUUAAUGGUUUUGUGAAGUGACUGGACAGUUUUUAACCCCAUUUUAUAUACACAUGCACUGGAAUUAAUGGAAUUCAAGUUCUUUUUCAAAAAAAAGUCUUGGUUGUAACAUUUACGGUUCCAUUUAGCUGAUUGUACUGGCAUCCUUUUCAACCAGGUUAACGGAGAGAAUUACCAAAGACUGAGAGAGGAAAUUCUCCCUCUUCAUGUCAAUGAGUCAUUGCCCAUCAUGGAGGUAAUUUAGACGUACUGGUAUUGGCUGUGGUUUGCAGUAAAUGCCCCCCUUCCAGUGAGGGUUCCUGUAAAGUCUUUUGCUUUAUCCUGCAGCAGAGUCCCCAUCCCCCUCCUUAAACAUUCACUCCCUCCACCACCGAUGCACAGUAGCAGCAGCGGUGUGUGUACCAUCUACAAGAUGCACUGCAGCGACUCGUCAAGGCUCCUUCGACAGCACCUUUCAAACCUACGACCAAUGGCAGGAGUGUGGAGGUGGGCAGCUGGAGCUAUAUGAGGUCACAUGACAGCUGCUCCAGGGUUACGCCCAACCCGAUUUGGCAACCCUAACUUCAAAAGAGAUUUGGAUAGUGCACCUGUUGUCUUGGACCUGAUAAUUUGGGCAAAUACCUCUGUGGUAGUGUCACCUUAAUGUUAAAGCGCCUGGGCCCAUGCUUCCUAAGCUUAAAAAACAGGUUAAGCCAGCUGUUUCAUGCUGCUACAAUACAGUGGCUAUGCGAGUGGUAUUUCCUACUAACAGAAUACUGCUGUUAGUCCAAGAACGUUCUGCCUACCACACAAUUGAGCAACAUUGUGUAUGAAUUUCAGUGCCAGCGUGAUACCAUGUAGGUAGGCUGUGCGAUCCACCAAUUGGCUGAUUGAAUCAAACAGCAUGUUCCUUUGGUUGUUUGUAAUAGGCAGAGUACAGACCGUACUCAACCAGCCUGCAGUUGCAAAACCCAAAACAAAAAGUCUACUGUUAGAUGUGAUUCCGUGAUUGGACAGCACUUGAACAAUCCUGAGUGCAUGAAUAGCGACACCAACAACCAAUUUAAGAUAAUCAGUCAAGUUCAUAAUGUGGCUCAUAUACACUUGCUAGAAAUGACACGCAUUCAUAUGCAGAGACCUGUUCUCUGCAAACAGAAGGAAUAUGUUCAAGUCUAGCACCUCUACUGAAUUACCUGGGAGCUUGGGAAGCUUAUUGUUCUCCAUUGCUUUCUUCAUGGCAACACCUCAGCCAAUCAAGAGACGACAUGCCAACCAAUCAGCACCCCUUUCCCCUGUAGUAUAAAUUGUUGUGAUCAUUUGAAAUUUGGAAUUCUUGUGUUUGUCCUGAUGAGUUCGAGCCAAAAUGCUUCAGCAACAGGUCUCUCUUUUCAGCAAUAUUCGAGUUCUGAACUACCGAGCAACGGUUUGAAUCACAAAAACUUUAUGGAGACACGUGGUAGUUGUCGAACUGGAUUUAUUACCUCACACGUUUAUGUAAACACAUUGUGCAAUGAUGAUGAUGAACCAAACUGUACCAGUGACUGCGAGAAACUCGCCUCAGGCACCUUUGGGAAUACAAACUACUUCCAUCAUUAUGGCUAAAAAAAAAACCUUAAAG